CCGGAAGUAAACAGUCCCCUAGGUUGGUACUAUUUUUAACGUUGCUCGUUUGUGGAUUGAACACGGGCAAGACAAUUGUGUUGAAGUACAUCUGCUGAAUAUAUCAGUGUUCAUUAACAAUGUCUUCGGUUCAGCAUCUGAGGGAGUUUAUCAGCGAGCGACUAAAUGCUGCAGCUGAAGAAAUUUUCGCAGAGUUGGAAAAAACUAUCGUCCAGUACGAGGAAGAGAUCGAUCGUCAGCGCAGACUGCUGGAUAUCAUCUGGAAACCACGAAGAAAUUCCCACAUAACAGAGGCUCCUCAUCAAUAUGUCUUCAAGGAGGAUGAAGCUGUUCAAGAUGACCAGCAGCUCUGCGACCAGAAGCUGAGCUCAAACCUGGAUCAGGAGCAACCAGAGUCUGCACGUGUUAAAGAGGAACAGGAAGAACUCCUUAUCAACCAGGGAGGAGAGCUUUUUCUGAAGGAUGAAACUGAUGACUUUUCAGUUAUUGCUGUUCAUGGGGAAAAUUAUUAUGAUGAUCAAAAUCCAUCCAACAGGGACUAUAUUCCCUCCUACACCUCUCCUGUAGACGAACGUUCGCAUUUAGAGGGAAGCACAGUUGAAGACUCAAUCAAACCAACCAGAUAUGCGGAUAGAAAAUCAGAAAAUAAUUGUCAAAUGAAGACAAAUCAUGUAGAAGAGUCCUCUCUGUCAGAGAGUCAUUGUAAUACUGACCACCCUGCUGAGAAGCAGUGUUUGUGUGACACUUGUGGAAAAAGGUUUCUUUAUCCAUCAUCUCUUAAAAGACAUAAAACAGUCCAUGAGAAACAAUAUUCCUGUAAAACUUGUGGUAAAACAUUUAGACAUAAAACAAAGUUUACUGUUCAUGUAAGAACUCACACAGGUGAGAAGCCAUAUUCUUGUCAAACAUGUGGAAAAUGUUUCAGUUAUAACUCAGAUCUUUUGUCCCACAGGCGAAUUCACACUGGUGAGAAGCCAUUUUCUUGUAAGACAUGUGGAAAAUGUUUCAGUCAAAGCUCUAUUUUGUUGCGUCACAUGACAACUCACACAAGUGAGAAGCCGUAUUCUUGUAAGACAUGUGGAAAAUGUUUCAAAAGGAAAUAUAAUUUGUUAUGCCACAUGAGAAGUCACACGGGUGAGAAGCCAUAUUCUUGUAAGAUAUGUGGAAACUGUUUUGGUAAACAUUUUGAUUUUUUGCGCCACGUGAAAAUUCACACUGGUGAAAAGCCCUAUUCUUGUGAGACUUGUGGAAAAUGUUUCCAUCAAAGGAAUAAUUUCUUAUGCCACAAGAGAAUUCACACGGGUGAGAAGCCAUAUUCUUGUAAAACUUGUGGAAAAUGUUUUCAAAAAAAUUUUAAUUUGAUGCGUCACAUGAGAACUCACACAGAUGAGCAGCUGUGAUCUUGUCAAACAAGUGGACAAUGUUUUCAGUCAUCAUGAUGACUUGGUGCGACACAAAAAAAAUCAGACAUCUGAGAAGCCAUGUUUUUGUAAAAUGUGUUAUGAAUGUCUGUUGAAACUCAGCCGUUUUCAUUCAAGGUAAAAACUUUCCUCUUUGCUGCCUUUCAUCAAAUCAACCAUUAAUUCCUCACACUGAAAGUUUUAUUUCUUGCCUUUUAUUCUAUUUAAGCUUUUUGUCUUCUAUUUAUUUUAUUUCUUUUUAAAGUUAGUUUUUAAUGUACUUUUUAAUGUUUCUUCUGCAACUGGUUGUAAUGCUUUUAAUGUUCUAUGUAAAGCACUGAAUUGUCUGUUACAUGAAACAUGUUGUACAAUAAAGACUCCUCAGAAAAUAAGAGAAGUGCUAUCAUCUGCAAA